CCGCUUUGGCGGUGAGGCGGGUGGGCUUCCUUCACGUCGCCGGCCGCGCGUCUCCAUGAGGAGAAAGAGGCGGCGGCGGCGGCGGCGGCGGUCGGGCGGGCGAGCAUGGGCUCGUUGAGCAGCCGCGUGUGGGGGGGACCCAGAGCCGGGGGGGCGGCGGAGGGGUCGGAGGGGGGUCGGAGGGUCGACGGGGGCCUCCCCAAACGGAAGCGCGGCGAGGGGCUGAGCGAGAGCGAGAGCGGCGAGGAGAGCGACGGCGAGGAGCGGCUGCUCAGCACCCCCAGGAGGAAGAAGCUAAAAAGCACUUCAAAGUAUAUUUAUCAGACUCUGUUUUUGAAUGGUGAAAACAGUGACGUUAAAAUAUGCGCCCUGGGAGAAGAAUGGAACUUGCACAAGAUAUACCUCUGUCAGUCUGGCUACUUUUCAAGCAUGUUCAGUGGGUCUUGGAAAGAAUCAGGAAUGGACACCAUAGAAUUGGAAAUUCCUGAUCAGAACAUUGACAUAGAAGCCUUACAGGUUGCCUUUGGCUCACUUUACCGGGAUGAAGUAUUAAUAAACCCCAGCAGAGUCAUUGCCCUUCUGGCAGCUGCCAGCAUGUUACAGCUGGAUGGCUUAAUACAGCAGUGUGGUGAGACAAUGAAGGAAACAAUUAAUGCAAAAACUGUGUGUAGUUACUAUAAUUCUGCGGGAACAUAUGGAUUAGAUUCUUUGAAAAAAAAGUGUCUUGAGUGGCUCUUGAACAACCUGAUGACCCAUCAGAGCGUGGAACUCCUCAAAGAGCUCAGCAUAAACCUCAUGAAACAGCUGAUCAGUUCCUCCAACCUGUUUGUCAUGCAAGUGGAGAUGGACAUCUAUACUGCUCUCAAGAAGUGGAUGUUCCUUCAGCUGGUGCCUUCUUGGAACGGAUCGUUGAAACAGCUUUUAAGUGAAGCGGAUGCCUGGUUCUCCAAGCGCAGAAAAGAUUUUGAGGAUGGGAUCUCAUUCUUGGAAACGGAACAAGGAUAUGCGUUUAUAGCCGUGUUCAAAUAUCUGAGGCUGCAGUAUAUAAUCAGUGAUCUGGCAUCCGCAAGAAUUAUUGAACGAGACAGCCUGAUUCCUGCAGACUGGCUCUUCUCUGUUUACAAACAGCAGUGGUUUGCCAUGCUUAGAGCCGAACAAGACAACGACAUCGGGCCUCAAGAGAUUAAUAAAGAGGAACUAGAAGCAAACAGUAUGCGGUGUGGCAGAAAACUUGCCAAAGAUGGUGAUUAUUGCUGGCGAUGGACAGGCUUCAACUUUGGCUUUGAUCUGCUGGUCACCUACACCAACCGUUACAUUAUCUUCAAACGCAACACGCUAAACCAGCCCUGCAGUGGCUCCAUCAGUUUGCAGCCCCGGAGAAAUAUCGCUUUCAGGCUGCGCCUGGCUUCCUUUCAUAGCAGUGGAAAGCUUAUUUGUAGCAGAACUGCAGGAUACCAGAUACUAACCCUCGAAAAAGAUCAGGAACAAGUAGUGAUGAAUCUGGACAGUAGACUGCUGGUCUUCCCUCUGUAUAUCUGCUGCAACUUCCUGUACACUUCGCCUGAGAAGCGGCGAGAGAACGAUGGGCAGUGAGGCUGAUUUUUGAAACGCCUUUGUGUGGCCACUUUCAUCUGGAAGCUCCUGAUGCCCUGAAAGAAACAGCGUGAAAUGGGCUCAUCUAUUGAAGAAAAAGAGAGAGGAAUCUGAUAACCUAAUACAUCAGAAUACAAGCCCCGGCAGCUCCCGCUGGCAUGACUAACUGGUGAGGUAUGUUGGGAGCUAUGGAUUUUAAGGAAUUGUAAGCCACAGACCCCCCCCCCCACUCCUCCCCGCUCGCCUCUUCACAUUCCCACGCCUGUCUGAAGAGCGGAAACUAUUUACAGGGACCCCGUUUUCUACCAGUUUCCUGAGAGUACAGAAAGAAUUUGAACACAGUGCAUUAACUAGGCCUGCUUAAUUAAAGAGAGUAGGGUGAUAUAUCAAUAAAGCCCACAAAUUAACUUUAA